AUGUUGCAGGAUAGAUUCAACAGUGCAGCGGCAUAUAUGGCCUCACCAGCAGCUAAAAAACUCAGCCUGCCUUCAUCUACAAAACUGGCUCUUUAUGCAGAUUACAAGCUUGCAACAGAGGGGCUUUGCACCCAGCCGCGACCUUCGUUGCUUGAGUUUGAGAAGUCAGCUAAAUGGAAGGCAUGGAAAGAAACAGGAGAGCGCUAUGUCAAGGAACUCAGUAACGAUGCUAAAAACACAACCAGCAGCACUACAAGCACUAACAACAGCAACCAUCAUCAGCUCAAGGACACUCCUCAACUUACACUUCCAAUUAAAGCUAUGAUCUCGUACGUUCAAAGAGUCGAGGAGGGUCAAUGGGGUUGGCACUUUGAUAGCACAGUAGAAGCGUCACAAUCUUCGACAACGGGAGAUCAUGAUCUAGAUGAGUUAGAAGCCUAUUUAGGGGUCGACAAGGAUGAGCUCUCGGCAGAGGAGCUUUUAGCUCGACCCUAUGUCCCCACCCAAGGCGAGAUUCCCGGUGCCGCAAUGACUGCUUCUGGGAUUAGCACCUUGGCCUUUACAACAGACAGUGAAGAAACAGGAAACGAUCCAAUGGAAUCGUCCAAGAGUGGAUCAUUAGAAGGUCUCCAGUCAGCUUUACGUGCAAACCCGGAUCUCGUCUCUUUCAGAGAUGAUAUGGGCUUCACAAUGCUUCAUUGGGCGUGCGAUCGUGGAUCGUUGGACAAGGUCAGGGCGCUUGUAGAGACAUACCAUGCAGAUGUUAAUGCUCAGGAUGCAGAAGGUGCUACACCAUUGCAUUGCGCUUCUCUCUCAGGAUGGCCAGAUAUUAUUGAAUAUUUGAAGAGUCUUCCGAACGUAGAUCAGACAAUUAGAGACAAUAGCGGUAUGAUUGCGGAUGAAUGUCUGGAAGACUAG